CGACAUUGGAGGAAAUGCCGAUUUGUACCUUAUUCGAAUUGGACCGGAGAAAUUGCAAUUUGAGAUAAGCAAUGAGAGGUUUUGUGAACUCUGGCGAUGUAAUUGAUCGCCGGCGAAGAGGGGGCGGAGGUGGAGGAGGAGGUGGCGGGAGGGUUUGGAGAGGAUGCGGGAGAGGACGAGACAGAUCUUACGGAUCCGACUCAUUUCGGCGGCGGCGGAGACCGGCUCACCGGAGAAUGGAAGCAGCAACGGCGGCAGGGGAGAGCGGAAUGAGGGAGAUUUUGGAUCUGGAAAGGAAAUGC